UGCUUCUUCCCAAAAUACAGAAGCUCCAACAUUUCCAUUCUCAUUCCCAUUUUACCCUUGUCAAUUCUUUGAUUCAAUUUUUCAAUGGCGGCAAUGCUCAAUUUCACCGGCCUCUCCGCCGGACCACUCCAAUUCUCCGAUGACUGUUCCUCCUCCGUCCAGAAACCGAGCUCCAAUAGCUCAAAUCGCCGCACGGUUUCCGUCCGAGCCUCAUCGGCAGUAGUCGACACACGGAGGCCGGCGACUAGUCUCUACGAAGUUCUUCGAAUCAAGCCGGGAGCAUCUCAUUCGGAGAUCAAGUCGGCUUACCGGAGUCUGGCGAAGGUUUACCAUCCCGACGCGGCGGCGCAACGGUUUCUGGAGUGUGGCGACAGAGACUUCAUCGAGAUCCGCAAAGCUUACGAGACACUUUCUGAUCCAUCAGCGAGAGCGAUGUACGACAUGUCGUUGAUGGCGGCACAGUGCGAGAGGAAUAGGCAGUUUUCGGUUUCGGUGACACCGAAACGGUAUUCUUCAGGAUAUACAAGAUGGGAAACGGAUCAAUGCUGGUAGAAAGCGUUCAACUUGUUUCGGAUAAAAUCAAAGAAACUUCACAGAAAAGAAAAGAAAAACAAUUGAAAAAUGGGAAAUUAGAAAGAGAGUGAUGAGAUUUGAAAUUGAUAGUUUAGCCAAGUGAACUCUGUUACUUCUUUUGGUGAGAAUGUAAAUGAUCUUUUUUUUCAAAUUAGUCGGUAAAUUUUAAAAAGGAAGUAAAAGAAAUUGUUGCAGAAA